UAUGGAUAAUGGUAAUUUAUUUGUAUGUGGUUGUUGUGGACGAGCUAUCAUCGUGGAUUUGAGUGAUUUUUCUCCAGUAAAUGUGCUGAACGAACUUUAAAUAAUGGCUAAAAAGAAGAACGUAAAGAAAAGUAACGCUAAAAAGGCUCCUGUAGCGCCGCCAUGUCUAGCUGAUACAAUAAAUACGGAGGUCAUAGCUGCCGCUUUAAGUUCUGCCAGUGUAAAUGGACCAGUUCUACUCAAAGUUUGCAGACUGUGCGAAGCAAAAGAUGGUCCAUUUCUCAAUAUUUUUGAAGCUGAUAAGAUGACGGCAAAAAAAAUUGCCACAGUUAUGCCUUUUGGGAUUGCAGAGAAUGAUGAACUACCACAUAAAAUAUGCUUCAGAUGUUCUGCCAAACUUGAAGAACUUUAUGAAUUUAUUCAAAAAUGUAUUAAGACACAAGAGAACCUCCAUAAAGCUCUGGGUAAUAAAGGGACUGGGUUCAAAACUAAACAUAGAGAACUGUGGGAAGAAAAGCUUAAUAAGUCCAAUAUAUCAAAUGAAGAUUACUGUGACGCACUCAUUAAAAAGGCAAUGGAAGGAAUAAAAGAUAUUCCUCUUAAUCCACUACCAAUAAAGGAAGAGAAAGUUCCUGUAAAAAAAAUAACCAAGAAAAUAUCUUCAAAGAUAAAAGAAGACAAUAAGAUAGUAAGUGAAGAAAAAGUAGAAGAUACUAGCAGUAAAAAUUUACCAACAGGAGUAACUGAUAACAGAACUGAAGGGAGUGACGAUGAACCUGUAAUUUCAUUUAAAAACAUGAAUAAAAAUGACGUUGACGAAGAUGACCUUCCAGUGAAAAGACUCACAAGAUUAAGUAACGAAAAAAAGGCUGACACAACGGAAAAUAAACUAAUUAAAAAAGAAUCCUUAAAAUCAAGCAAACGCGAGCAAAAUGAAACUAAAGUCAAAGAAGAGCCUGUAUUUAAGGAAAAUAAUUUGAAAAUUAAACAGUCAUUGCAAAUUAAUAAUUUUAGUUUGGAGGAGACACCAAAACCAGAAUUACCAAAACCAGAAACACCAAAACCUGAAGCACCAAAAUCAGUUCCUGAACCAAAAUCAUUUGAUAUAAUGGAACAUGUAAGUAUGAUCAAAGUAAAUGGUGUAGGUGUGCUGUUUCAAUGUAAGUUUUGUAACAGAAAUUUCUUAAAAAAAGAGGUAGUCAUGUCUCACGCUUGUGCUAAACAUGGUGUUGCAAAAAUCCAAAACUCUAAAAGUUUUGUACCGCCCGACCCACCUAAAAUUCCAUCGACUGUGAAAUACAUAACUACAGUUCCUAAAAAAGACGAAAGUAAGCAUGGCAUAUUAGUUGAUAAGACUAAAGCUGUUGAAAAUAAAGCACCAGUAGCCUUAAGUGAAACUAUAAAUUUAGAUGACGAUGAUGAUGAAGAUAAGCCUCCGCCGGUGACAAAGCCAAAAAAACCGAAAAUUGGUCCUGCUAGUAAAAUCAGGCGGGCUGAAACUAAAACGACCCCUUCAACGAGCGAACCGUUGUUACAAGGUAACUCAAACCAAAAUACUGUGACAGCGACGCCAAACAAUACAGCACUAGUCUUACCUAAUAUUACUGCAACCAUAACAUCUGGUAGCCAAGUACCUUCUGUACAUUUUCCGACAGUGCCAAGUCUUAAUAGUCGAUACAAACUCAUGCCGGGCCCUAACAACACCUUUACUUUAGUUGAAGAUACAACAGUUGAAAAUGUCAAAACUGUUGAACCACCUGUUACAGUUCCAGUCACUCUGACUGAAUCUAAAACGACUAUUCCUAGACAUCACAACUCUACUUUUAAGACAGUAGAAAAUGCUGUACUACCUAACAAGGAUCCUUCAAAUCUCAUCGCCUCAGAUAGUAGUCCCUAUCCCGUAGGGUUAAUUAAGUCUUCAUCAGCUUACCCGCCGCCCUUAGCAUUUCCUACACCUGCUAUGAAAAAGUUAUCUUACACGGUAGUUCAGACUGGAAACCCUAGUAAAUUACUUAUUUCUACGAAACCGCAACCCCCACCGCCUGAGGAAGAUGUGCCCAAAAAGCGGCCGCGGAAAUCACGUCAUACAAAUAAUGUGAACGAUAAGCAACAAUUUUCAGUUACUUUGGAACAUACCACCCCCCCAGCCACUGACCCUGCAUUUUUUACAUUGAUAAAUGUUGAUCCUCUAUUGCAACCUUCUUAUGUACUGCCGACUGAUAGUAUUAUUCAAGAAUCCCAAAUAUCUACUUCCACAAAUGUCGCGAAACAAGCAGUGGAUAAAGACAAAACAUAUUUAUGCAAUAUGUGUAAUGAAAAGUUCAGUAGAGAAAUAAAAUUAAUGGCACAUAUACACUCACACUAUAACAAAAUGGACGAGGAAGAUAAAAAAAGAGGUGAUAAAAAGCCCAAAAAAAGGGCUCGAAAAUGAACCAUGUUUAAAUGAUUGAUAAAAUUAAUCAGUCUAAAUGACUGUUUGCAAAUAAAAACAUUUAAGUAAGUGGCGAAAGUGAAGGAUAUUAUCUCCAUUACGUGAAAAUAUAUGUGUAUAGAUUUAUUGAAUAUUUUCCUUAUUUCAUUUAAAUAAUUACAAACAUUUUGAAACAGUUCUUUUUGUUUUAUAAUUGACUUGUAUAAUGACAAAGUUUUGUGUGUAAAAAUAAUUUUGUUGUAUGAAGAACAAAGAAGAAGGACAGGUAUUUGAUAUUGUGUAAACACAUUUUACAUAGUGCUACUAUUUUUAAAUCUGCUAGUGUUUUGUUUGACAUAUUAUUGUAUAUUGGAAUACUGCAGUUCAUCGUUAUGACUCCUGGAUUUGUCUUGAUUUUGUUAUUAGAGGUUUAUUUUAAAAGUUUUUGGUAAAUUGAUAAUUGGAAAUUAAACAUUGGUGAUAAUGUGAUAAAAUAUAUAGGUAUCUCGUAUUCUUAUAAUAAUAUUUUUUUUUAGUUUGAAAGUGUUGACAAUUACAUGUUUACUUUCACAUAUAAUAUAAUAUUUAAUAUAGGGAACACUUGCCGGAAGGAAGAAGACAAAUUGUGUUCUUUGAAAUUACAAGGCGCAGGGUUUUCCUCGCAGAUGAAAUUGUUGGCGGCGGCUUUAAUAAAAAUUUGCAUUUUAAACAUAUCCUAAGAUAGAUUCAACCCUUUUGUUUAAAUUGAACGCUAGUUUUUAUGACCGUGAAGUGACAGGUUACAAUUGCAAUAAUUUUCAGUUCAGCUUUAAACUGAACAGACAUAUGUUAGGUAACAGUUUGAAUGUACAAGCCUGUCUCGAAAAAUAAAACCUGAAUGAGCGCCUGAGGGCGCCAGUACUUUAAGUACUUUUUAGGAGUCUGUAUCAGUUUAUUUUUCUGAUCAGGCUACAUUUUUAUACUUAGUGUAAGUGUCACUAUAAGUUUUAUAAUUCCAAUGGAAUGUAGAUGUAUUUAAUAGGUUAAUAAAUGGUAUUCUUGUUUUUUUUUUGUGAAGUAGCUUAGCUUUAGUACCGUUUGACUGGAGUGUUUUUGGUAAAAUGUAUUAACCUGUGUACAGGUUUUGUCGGGAUACUGAGAGUCUAAUGCUAGUAUAGAUAUUCUAUUUCAAGAAGACGGUUUGGUUUUGGAUUAAGUACUGAGGAUAACAUCUAUAGGAACGUAAGCCCAUCAGAAAUAGCUCGCUAAAUUAUUAAGAUUAAUUAUGAAGAUAAGUAGUAGAGGAUUCGAAACCUCAGUUUAACUAACGUUUAAACGGUUGCUAUUUAAAAGCUAAACAGUCUUCCGAAAAUAGAAUAUAGUCUAUGUACUCAUUACAGUUCGUUUCAUGUAGGAUGGUGGGGGUGACAGUUCGUUUCUCUCUUGAAAGUUUGCCGCGAUUCACGAUAAGUACUUACGUAAUAAGAACGUCAUACAGGCGACUGUCACCGUACCCAUGCUAUCUGAAAAACACUUUAAGUGACUCGUAAGGAAGGUAUGCCAUUUUCAAGUUUUCGAAUCGACACUAUAAGCAAUAAGCCAGGGCCUUAACAAUUUUAUAUCCACAAGUGUUCUGUGUUAGUUGAAUAAUACGCCUCAGAAGUUUUAUAAUGUUUUUUAUGAAAUACAAAAAUUAUUUAAUUUACGCAUCCUUUAGUUGUUCGUUUUUAUCGUUACGUUUAUCAUGUUUCAUAAUUUCUGUAUUAGCCCACUCAAUAUCUUGGUUCUAUAAUUUAUUAACAUAAUAUUGUAUUUUCUAACUCAUUCUCUUGAAACCGUUAUGUUGACAGUUAUCACUUUGAUUUUGAUUGUUAUUAAACACUAGUGGCACCUCGCGGUUUCAUCCGCGUAUUUCCCAAUCACAUGGGAAUACGGGGAUAAAAUGUAAUGUUACUGUAAUGUAGCUUUCUAUUGGUGAAAGAAUUUUUAAAAUCGUUCCAGCAGUUUUUGAGUUUAUUCGUUCCAUGUAAAAAUACAAAUUUUUCCUCUACCAUACCGUACCAUAGACAAAAAGUGUUGCCACACUGAAUAUUUUUUCCCCAAUAGGUACUUAGACCGCUAUUGGUUCCCAAAGUUAAAAUAUUUUUAAAUUUUCCUAAAGUUAAUAAUAAAUUGAAAACUCGAAUAUUUUUUAAACUUAACUGUCUUGCUGAAAGGUUAGUGGUUACAGUAAAUGAUUUUCUUUCGCCAUAGUAUAGUGUUUAAAUUCUGAAAGUUAAACUAUGUUGCUUUUGUUUAUUAUUUUAAUUGAAGAAUAUAGCAAGUAGGUAAUUGUAAUUGUCUAAUUUACGAUUUGUAUUUUAAUUAUUAAAAGUUACAUUGUGUAAAUAUUAAAUAAUAUACUAAGGUUGAUUUUGAAUUAUAUUUUAACCUUAAUUUGUCAUAA